CUUAGAAUCUGAAGUCCACGACCAUCCAUUAACUUGCAUUUGAAAGUUGAUGAAGUUCACUUGCGACCUUUGUGGCAAAGAAGGCAAUUUGCCCAUUCUUUGUGCCCAAUGCCAUUUCUGUAUUCAUGAAACUUGUGCUUCUUCUUAUCUACGCAGAGUCAAAGCUAUACGUCACAACCACCCCCUCCAUCUCACCUAUUCUUCUCGUGAAGUACCUCAAUCUGAUUCCCCAUUUUGUCAACUCUGUGUUCAAAAAGUGGACAUAGACUACGGGUUCUACUAUUGUUCAAGUUGUGAUUAUGUUGCCCAUCUUGAUUGUGCUAUGGACAAGAGAAAUAGGGAGGACAUAAAUUUGCUUAAACUUACAGAUAGGGAGUCCAAUGAGCUAGAAAUUGAAGAUUUAGAGCUGGAUGGAUUUGUGGACUUAGCAACUUACAAAGUCAAAAAAAUCAAUGUAGGUGAGGACGGAAUUGAAAUUCUCACAGAAAUCGAACACUUCAGUCAUGAGCAUGAUUUAAAGCUUUCUGACGAGGUCGAGAAUAACAAAAAAUGUGAUGGGUGCAUAGGAGCCAUUUUCCCUCCGUUUUAUAGAUGUGCCAAAUGCAACUUCUUUCUUCAUAAAUCUUGUAUUGAAUUAUCUAGAAAAAAGCGACACCCACUUCACCAACACCCACUCACCUUCCUCCCAAAGACACCUUAUAGGAGUAAGUCAUUUGGGUGUGAUGCUUGUGACCAAUCUUGCAAUGGCUUCACUUACCAUUGUGAGAAAUGCAAAUUUGAUCUUGAUGUUCAAUGUAGUUUGAUCUUGGAAAUCUUUUCCCACAAAGGACACGAGCAUCUUCUUCGCCUCUCCACCACAAGAUAUAGCCAGAAUUGCAAUAGUUGUGACUUUAAAAGUUCCCCACACUGCUAUCAAAAUUACCAAGUAUUACGUUGUAUCACCUGUGAAUUUGCACUGGACUUUAAAUGUGCUAUACUACCACUUAAUACAAGGUAUAAACAACAUGAGCAUCCCUUUUUCCUCAGUUAUGCUGUUGAAGAUGAUUCCGGUGACUAUUAUUGUGAUAUCUGUGAAAAAGAACGAGACCUAAAACAUUGGUUUUAUUAUUGUGCAGAUUGUAGCUAUCGUGCUCAUCCUGAAUGUAUUCUUGGAAGAUACCCAAAUAUUAAGUUUGGAGGUGCUUAUACUUUUGACAGUCACCCACACCCACUCACUAUCAUUGAGAAAACUAAUGACCACCCUGAAUGUCGCAAAUGUGGUGAGCCUUGCGAAGAGUUUUUCUACCAAUGUGCCAUGUGUAAUUUCAGCAUUCACAAAAAUUGUUUAUGGAAAGGACAGAUGUAAUUUUCAUUUUCA